AUGAAGUACUUUCAAAUUGUCAUACUUUGGAGCAUUAGUUUCCUUCGAGUAUGGGCAGUCAAGGAGGAACUCUUCAAAAAUUGUGACAAUUCGGGUUUCUGCGCUAGAAACCGUCACUAUGCUCAGCAAAUCCAACAUUUCGACAGUCCAUAUUUUGUGAGUCCAGACUCCAUCCAUGUGGGUGAAAAAGCCAUAAAUGGUAUUAUCUACAAGAAGUUACCUCUGCAAUCGUUGGUAGCGCUCCCUUUCGAGCUUUCGGUUGUUAAAGGCGAAAGCAUUCGGUUCAAGAUCGAUGAAGAUCGACAAUUCACCAAAGGAAAGUUGACAACCAGAAGGUACAAUGAGGCUAGCAAGGCUGCGUUUGACGCCCACGAGUCAGAAAAGUAUGAAUCAUUAGUGUCACAGAAUAUUGAUAUAACAGCCAAUGACAUUUCCCUCUCGUUUGGCCAGGAACUUCAUUACAAAGCUGUGCUCCUGUUUAGCCCUCUAAAACUCAUCCUCUACCGCCAUGACGUUAUCCAGGUAAUUGUCAACGAACAGAAUUUCUUGAAUAUUGAACACUACAGAGAAGAACUGGAUAACGUCAACAACAUUUGGCCAGAUUUGGAGCUGGACUUUGAUAUGUUCAAGGAUUCCUUUGAGGAUUCUAAGAAGGACUCCAUCCCAUUGGGCCCGGAGUCAGUGGCUAUUGACAUCAACUUUCAUGACUACAAGCAUGUUUACGGAAUACCAGAACAUGCAGACUCUUUCUCGUUGAAGAGUACCGUGGGUAGUAAAUGGCCAUACAGACUUUUCAACGUGGACAUCUUCGAGUACGAAACAGAUUCAAGAAUGCCUAUGUACGGAGCAAUUCCUUUGAUGGUAGCCGUGAAGCCAGAUGAUUCUGUGGGUGUUUUCUGGCUCAAUGCAGCCGAUACUUUUGUUGAUAUCGAUAAGUCUGACUCUGUCAGAACUCAUUGGAUCUCUGAAAACGGGCUAUUGGAUGUGAUUCUUUUAAUGGCUGAAACCCCUGCGGGGAUAAACGGCAAGUAUGGUCAACUUACCGGCAAUGUUGCGCUUCCUCAAGAGUUUGCUCUAGGUUACCAUCAAUGUAGGUGGAACUACAAUGACGAAAAAGAUGUACUCGAGGUCAAUUCUAACAUGGACAAAUACAGGAUUCCAUACGACACCAUCUGGUUGGAUAUUGAGUAUACUGAGAAGAAGAAGUAUUUCACAUGGAACAAGGACACGUUUGGCCAUCCGUUCGAGAUGUUGGAGACUUUGGAUCACACAGGCAGAAACCUUGUUGUGAUCGUUGAUCCCCACUUGAAAACAGAGUAUGAGGUCAGCAAUUAUGUUGCAAAGCACAAACUCGCGAUCAACGACUUCAAAAACGAGACAUACAAGGGCCAUUGCUGGCCCGGCGAGUCCGUGUGGAUUGAUUCUUUGAAUCCCAAGGCACAAGUGUACUGGGACCAACUCUUUGAAAAUUCAAAUUCUAACAAAUUCAUCGGCGAAAAUACUAAUGUUCAUCUCUGGAACGAUAUGAAUGAGCCCUCUUUCUUCAAUGGACCAGAAACCUCGUCUGAAAAAGAUAAUCUCCACUACGGUGACUGGGAACACAGAUCAGUGCAUAAUCUCUGGGGCAAAUCAUUUCAUGACCUUACAUACCAUUCUUUGACCAAACGACUUGAACUGACCUCUAGACAACGGCCAUUUAUUUUGACCAGAUCAUACUUCUCUGGAUCACAGAGAACAGCAGCCAUGUGGACAGGAGAUAACAUGGCCAAAUGGGAGUACCUCAAGAUUUCAAUCCCCAUGGUGUUGACAUCGAAUGUGGCGGGAAUGCCUUUUGCCGGAGCUGAUGUUGGUGGCUUUUUCGGUGAUCCAUCUAAAGAACUCUUGACUCGUUGGUACCAAACAGGAAUCUGGUACCCCUUUUUCAGAGCUCAUGCACAUAUAGAUUCCAGAAGAAGAGAACCAUGGAUUGCUGGUGAGCCAUAUACAUCGAUUAUGCGGGAUGCUGUCAGAUUGCGCUAUGCCUUGUUGCCUACACUUUACACUUUGUUUUAUGAGGCCAGCAUAACUGGAGCACCCAUCUGGAAGCCUAUAGUGUAUGAGAAUCCCGGGAAUCCAGACACGUACGCAAUUGAUGACCAAUUUUUCUUAGGAAAUUCGGGGCUAUUGGUCAAGCCGGUGACUGAGGAAGAUGCGACCGUGGUGGAAAUUUAUGUUCCAGACGACAAUCAUUAUUACGACUUCACCAAUGGACAGGCAGAGCUGGGGUACCCAUUAGAAAUCUCUCAACCUGGAAUUUACAGCAAAGAGGUGAAGCUUUCGGACAUUCCGCUUCUAAUCAAGGGAGGGCAUUUAUUCUUCACCAGAUCCAGGUACAGACGAUCCAGUCGACUCAUGAGAAACGAUCCCUACCAGUUGGUGAUUGCAUUGGACAAAGACGGACACGCUGUGGGACAGCUCUACAUGGACGACGGCGAGUCUUUUGACUACAAGCAGGGCAAGUUUACAUUGGUUUCCAUUGCAGCAGACAAGCAUAGCAUAGAGGGUUUAUCUAUUAGUGAGGACAAGGAAUAUGGUCGCCAGAACCAGUUGCAGAUCGAGAAGAUUACUGUGUUGGGCAUCACUGACAAGAUUGAGUCGGUGGAGGUGACGCAAUCUGGACAAACGCAAAACGUUCGGUUUGUGCAGAAAAACGGUUUGGUGGAGUUGCUUAAUGCGCAAAUAAUGGUGGCUGGGGAAUGGCAUGUUGCAUUGAACAGUGCACUGGCACACGACGAAUUGUGA